GAAGAGCAUCAAAGCAUCAGGAAGAGCUUAAAUCUGCAAAGACUGGGUUUAUUAAAGAGGACAGAGAGAAGAUGAGAGAUCCAGAACCCUGCAGAAUCAAACACACUGAAGAUACUGAAGAACAAACAGAGAUUAUUGAAAAAAACAAGGAGAGUGAAGAACUGAGUGAAGUUGAAGAGAAAAAUCAUGUGAAAACUGGAGAAAAACCCUUGAGUUGCUCUCAAACCAAAGAGAAAGAUUUAAAGAAAAGAAGAGCCAAAAAAUCUUUCACCUGCACUGGAAAGUGUGGAAUGAGUUUGACAAGCAAAUAUAACCUUAAGGAUCACACAAACAUCCACACUGGAGAAAAACCGUACAAGUGUUCACAAUGUGACAAGAGAUUCAGUCGGUCAGGACACCUGAAAACACAUGAGAGGAUUCACACUGGAGAGAAACCGUACAAGUGUGAUCAGUGCAGGAAGAGUUUCACAAUAAAAGGACACCUUUCAGCACAUAUGAGAGUUCAUACGGGAGAGAAACCAUUCACUUGCGAUCAGUGCGGGAAGAGUUUCACUCAAUCAGCACAUCUUAAUAAUCACAUGAAGAUCCACACUAGAGAGAAACUGUACACAUGUGAUCAAUGCGGGAAAAUUUUUUUAUGUCUACAAAGUUUGAAAGAACAUCAGGAAAUGCAUACUGCUGUGAGAGAGUACAUGUGCUUUGAGUGUGAAAAGACUUUUACUACAGCAAACUGUUUAAAACGGCACGAGAGGAUCCACACUGGAGAGAAACCUUACAAGUGUUCACACUGUGACAAGAGAUUCAGUGAUUCAGCAAAUCUGAAAAGACACGAGAGGAUUCACACUGGAGAGAAACCGUAUCACUGCACUGCAUGUGGGAAGUGUUUCAAUAAUUCAUCUGCUCUACAGAGACAUACAAAAAACUAUCACAGUAAGUAGAU